GCGGUCUGCUGGUCCCGGACCGGCCAGGAAGGCAUCCAUCUGGUGAGUGUCUCCUCGGAAAGUGCCAUCCACGGAUUGUGUUGCCUCCUGUUCCUGUAGGAAAGUAAGCCGAGAGACGCGUGGAUCAGCAGCAGCAGAGAGAGGAGAGCUAUAGCCAUGUCUUCCAGCUCAGGGAAUGUGCGGAUCCUUAUAAAGGGCGGUAAGGUGGUGAACGAUGACUGCACCCAGGAGGCCGACGUCUACAUCGAGAACGGCAUCAUCCAGCAGGUGGGCAAGGAGAUGAUGAUCCCAGGUGGAGCCAAAGUCAUCGACGCCUCUGGAAAACUGGUCCUCCCCGGGGGGAUCGACACCAGCGUCCACCUGGAGGAGAGCUUCAUGAACGCCACCACGGCAGACGACUUCUACAGCGGCACCAAGGCGGCUCUUGCUGGCGGUACAACAAUGGUGAUCGGACACGUUCUGCCAGAGAAGAAUGAGUCUUUGCUGGAAGCCUACGAGAAGUGCCGCAGCUCGGCGGACCCCAAAGCCUGCUGCGACUACGCUCUGCACGUGGGAGUGACUUGGUGGGGACCCAAGGUGCGAGCUGAGAUGGAGAAGCUGGUGAGGGAGCACGGGGUGAAUUCCUUCCAGAUGUUCAUGGCCUAUAAGGACAUGUUCAUGCUGAGGGACAGCGAGCUCUUCCAGGCUCUGCAGCAGUGUAAGGACAUCGGAGCCAUAGCAAGGGUCCACGCUGAGAAUGGGGAGCUGGUUGCCGAGGGUGCAAAGGAAGCAUUGGACCUGGGCAUCAGCGGCCCAGAGGGGAUAGAAAUCAGCAGGCCUGAAGAGCUGGAAGCAGAGGCGACCCACAGGGCGAUCACCAUCGCAAAUAGGGCCCACUGCCCGAUCUAUCUGGUCAAUGUGUCCAGCAUGUCUGCAGGAGAUGUCGUUGCUACAGCCAAGAUGCAGGGUAAGGUUGUCCACGGGGAAACCACCACAGCCCACGCUGUGCUGAACGGGAUGCACUACUACCAUCAGGACUGGGCCUACGCUGCUGCACACGUCACCGUGCCCCCUCUCCGCCUGGACCCCAGCACUCCCAACUACCUAAUGAGCCUGCUGGGAAACGACACUCUGAAUGUUGUGGGCUCGGACCACCGUCCAUUCACCACCAAACAGAGAGCGAUGGGUAAGGAUGACUUCACAAAGAUCCCACACGGGCUCCCCGGCAUUGAGGAUCGCAUGAGCGUCAUCUGGGAGAAAGGAGUGAUUGGAGGUAAGAUGGAUGAGAAUCGCUUUGUUGCCGUCACAAGCUCAAACGCAGCCAAGAUCUACAACCUCUACCCGAAGAAGGGGCGGAUCAUCGCGGGAGCAGACGCUGAUGUGGUGGUCUGGGACCCCGAGGGAUCCAAGACCAUUUCUGUGGAUAACCAGUUCCAGGGAGGAGAUGUGAACCUGUAUGAGGGUCUCCGCUGUCAUGGCGUGCCGCUGGUCACCAUCAGCCGGGGCCGUGUGGUCUAUGAGAACGGGAUGUUUACAUGUGCUGAGGGCUCGGGGAAGUUCUGCCCCCUGAGGACCUUCCCGGAUCUCCUCUACAAGAAGAUGGUGCAGAGGGAAAAGAGCCAGGCUGUGAAAGCUGUGGAACGAGAGCCCUACACUGGUGAAGUAGUCCCGGUGCUCAACUCAGGAAAGAGGGAAUUUGGGGUUUCAGAUUCGGACACUCCGACGCGCCCCUCCACUCGGCACGGCGGCGUGAGGGACCUCCAGGGGUCCAGCUUCAGCCUGUCUGGUGCCCAGAUCGAUGACAAAAUUCCUAAGAGGUCCUCGGCCAGGAUCCUCGCUCCUCCUGGAGGGAGAUCCAGCGGAAUCUGGUAACCAAUCAGAAGUGACGCUGAAGAUCGACACCUGAGGGAAACAUAUGGCCAAGCAAGACAACUUGUUUUUCUUUCUGGAGUUUGUAUGUUGAACUCAGCACAGUAACAUAGGACACGUUAAACUGUAGGAUAUUUGCCGUAACAAUAUUUGAAUAUCGAUCAAACUAUUAUUGGUUACCAAAAAUGGAGUCAAUUGUUAACCAAAUAUAAGCAGCAAAUUAAAAAAAGUGUUGCCAAUGAAUAUCUUUGGCUGUUGGAUUACAUUAGGGGAAAUAUCUUACUAAUAGUUUUAGGAGUAUAGAGGUGAGUCAUGGUUUUUAUGAUGCGAUUGUGUUACCUCACUGUAAAAUACGAUUUUGCACUUGUAUCAUGUACUAUUUAGAUGCCUUUUUACAUGAUUUAAUGUCACACAUAUCACAAAUGUCCUUCUUACUGCGAGCCUGGGUGAAUGACGUGUAAUAAAUUAUUACAAGGGCAUGACAUUAUAAUGUCAGUUAUGAAAAAUAUUUGACCAAUUUGAAGUAUCAUAAUGCAAGCUAACCUUUUCUAUGCGUUUGUUUAUUGAUUAUUUAUAUUGUAUUGUGCUAUUUUCCGUCGAUGCUACCGCGUUAGAAAUAUUUCCUGAAUAAGAACGAGGUCUUGGUUCAGUAGUUAAUUAUUCACCGAUAAAUAUUUCCGAUCAUGUUUACAGCCUUAUAGCCGAAUAGACGUCUGUUCCACCCCCACCAAAUGUGAAUGAACCUAUGCUGUGUGCAUGGUAGCAUAGUUAGAACUACUGUAAUAAGCACUAAUGUUGCGAUGCAUUUUUUUUUAACGUAUCCAUUUCACCACAGAGAGCAAAAAGUCUCACCCAAACUGCCUUCUUCUCACCUGAGAACACUGACACCAACAAACACAUCGCCAGGCACAGAUCAUGAUGUUCCUUUGGUCAUUUUGUACUGGUCUGAAAGGCAGGGUGUAACAUAUUCCUCUGACAAUUACACCACUGUGAAGUAGGGCUGGGCAAUAAUAUUAUAUCGUGAUAUGUGACUACGUGGUUUUAGAAUUUGGUUAUUGUAAGCUUUCUGUUCCUGGUUUAAAGUUACAUUUUCUCAAUUUACCGCACUGUUCUUUAGCUUUUUAUAUUAUUUGCCUUUACCUGAUUAGUCUUUAAAUCCGCAUUACUGGUAAUAAUUAUCAAAAUUCUCACUUUUUUGUGAAAGCAUCAAUGGUUAACCCUACAAUAUGUCACAAUAUUGAGGUAUUUGGCCCAAAAUAUUGUGAUACAUGAUUUCUUCCCUAUUGCCCAGCCCUACUGGGAUGCUUAAAGUGAAGAUGAUGGGAUCCUCUUCAGCAUUCACAGAGUGGAAUUGAUUUAAGCAGAUAUGUUAGUCAAUGAAGGCCAUGUUGUCAGGGUAUCAAAUGCCAUCACACUGUAGGACACUGAAAGCAUUAUAACUGGAAGGCAUGCUUGUUGAGCAACUAAGGAAAAGCACUGAUACUACUACUGUAUUUGUAUUGUUUUGUUUAGUUACAGAGUAUUUCUUGUGAAUAAUUGUCUUUGUAUGUGAUUUUGUUUUGUUUUUGUAAAACCUGUAGUGUAAAGCAGGUAUGCACACAAGAUUUUGAUUAUUUUUAACAGAAGAUCCUCACUCUACAGUUACAUUCCUACAUCAUUGUUUGUUUUUUGUACAAAUGUUACUUUUAGAAGCUCUAGUGAAUCUUCCCCUGUCCUAAAUGUACACCGGUGCUGAACAAUGUGUUACCACAUUUAAUUCCUUUUAUGUCUUGUUUUUCCCUUGCAGCUCUAUAUCACAUGAUUUGAGUGCAAAUAAACCACAAUGAAAUCUCCAACUAAA